UGUUGUUGUGUUCUGUCCUGAAGUACUGCGUAUGACAAAAGUAGUCGAGUCCUUACUGAUUCUGCUGCCCCCACCCCCGGGUCGGUGUGUUCCCCCUUCUUUUACCUGAGGAGGGAGAGGCUAGCAGCUCCCUGCGCACUUGUGUCUCUGUGUGUGUCUCCUGGGGUGUGCAGCCAUGUCUGCUAAUGUUAAAGGGCUUGUCGUGCUGACUCAUCAGGUGUCUGGGUCGGGAGGAAAGUGCGGAGUGUAUAUGGGGUGAGGCUCCAGAAGAGGGAAGGUAGAGAAUAUGUCGGAUGAGGGGAUCUGAACCACCCCGUUGCAUCCCCUGGCACAGUCUUCUAUGUGCAGAGCCUAGACACUGCUGACUCAUCAACAUGAGGUCACCACUAGAAUCUGACUGCGAAGGCUUGCGUGUUAUGACGACCCCCAACAAAGGAAACAAAGCCUUGAAGGUGAAGCGGGAGCCGGGUGAGAAUGGGACCAGCUUGACAGAUGAAGAGCUGGUGACCAUGUCUGUGCGGGAGCUGAACCAGCAUCUGCGGGGCUUAUCGAAGGAGGAGAUAAUCCAGCUCAAGCAACGCCGGCGGACCCUGAAGAACAGGGGUUACGCUGCCAGCUGCCGUGUCAAAAGGGUGACACAAAAGGAGGAGCUGGAGAAGCAGAAGGCAGAACUUCAGCAAGAGGUGGAGAAGCUGGCCUCAGAGAAUGCCAGCAUGAAAAUGGAACUUGACGCCCUGCGCUCCAAGUACGAGGCACUGCAGAACUUCGCCCGGACCGUGGCUCGGAGCCCUGUCACUCCUGCCCGGGGUCCACUUGCUUCCAGCAUGGGGCCUCUUGUGCCUGGCAAGGUUGCCACCACCAGCGUCAUUACGAUAGUGAAAUCCAAAACGGACGCCCGGUCUUAGUGAAACGAGCACUGCCUGGGCUUGUGUGUGCAGGGCAGUAGGCACAAAGCUCAUCCGGAAUCCCCAAAGCACAACCCUCUACCCAGCUGGCCGAGCCCACACAGGCACACGCUGGCCUGCUUGUCACUGCAGUCCCUUUGUUUUUAGCUUUGUUCUGGUUGGUGUGACUGAUGGUAAUGCAACCCUUCUGUGUGAGCAGAACCUUCCACCCAGGGGUAUUCUGGGAACAGAGACUGAAGGACCUCGGUACCCUAGCCAAAGAGAUUUUCAGCAGCAUGGAAUAAAUUCUUGGGGUGGAAUAACCCAAAGUGGGAGGGCAGAGGUCCCAGAAAGUUGGAAGACCUGCUGUCAGUAUCUUCUGAUGAUGUAUACCAUUCUUCCAGGGUUGUGUGUCAGCUGUCCAGUCUGCUGCUUGUAAAUUGCUUGGUAUCUGUGGCUAUAAUGGGGGUAGUUUUGUGUAACCAUUUUAUAUUAACAUCUAGUUGCGCCUUUUAUGUUUAAAGGUGGGAUUCCUUAGGACUUUUCCUGAAGCGGGAGGGAAGGGGCAAAACUGCAGUUUCCUGGUGUCUGUGCUGCAGAGAAGGGAAAGGAGCCAGGAACAGGCACUGUUGUCGCCUGCUUGUGAGGAAGAAGGCAGGCUGUACUAUGGUGUCUACAGGCCAGUUUUGUGCCUAAUGUGUUGCACUGAACAAGACCAAAAUCACUAGUUGUUUCCUGUGUUUGGAGAGUAUAAAGUGUCUCUAGUGUGAUGGUUUACACAACCAGUUUAUGUGGUUUAAAUGGCCCUUUAUUUAAGAGAAACAUUCAUUUUAAGAAUUAUUAAAUUAUCUAAGUUUUGAAACUAAAAUUGGAUGAAGAGCUUGUGUUGAAUAGUCUCCUUUUAACCUGAGGUUGAGAAUACAUGAUUUGUCAUAUUCUCGGAGACUUUGCUAGCUUAAAGAAAAAGCAAAUUUUAAAAGUUUCUCGCUAAGUCUUUGUGGCUCUGAGGUUGGUUUUUAUAAAGAGUUAUCAGACUUUUAUUUAUAAAUAAUGUAGGGGAAAAAACAAAAAAAAAGGCUAGUCCUGUUUGAUAUCUUUUUGCAAUUGUACCAAAAGUGACUUAUUCUUGGACUCCUCGCCCGCUUCUUUUGUGCUCCUGUUGUGUUGAGAUGUCUGUACUCUGAGGUCUUGUGUGGCGCUGUGACGUGAUGGUGCCAAUGGCCAUCUUUGCUGUGUGGACGUCCUGUGAGCAUUCUUUUUGCUUUUCCUGGGCUGAGUGCAGGGAUUUUCUUGGGCAUCUCCCAGUUGACCUUCUGAAGGCUUAUCUCAUGGGAAGGUUAUCAGUGUCUGAAUGAAUUCCUUAGUUGUUGAAGCCGGAGGUCGAUCUGCUCUUCUAAGGGGUUACCCAAACUGCCUGAUGAUAGCUGGCGGACUCUGUUGCAUUCUUCCAUGUCACUUGUAUUGCAGCCCCCAGAGUUUGCUUCCUUACUGAUCUUGGGUCUCUUCAAGGUCCACUCCAAUGUUGCAGCAGAACUGGAGGCUGAGGAGGCCUCUGUUCAUUAAGCGGGAAUAUGAAGCAACAGGUGAAGAUGGUAGCAUAUCCUACAAAUAGGUAAAGAGUGUGUCUUAAGGUUGGGCGGUAGGUAUUGUUCCUGUUGGUUCAUUCUUCAGGCAGAAUUCUUUUGCUGCCAAUGCUACUGUCAUUUCUUCUUUCCUUGGCUGUUUCUUUCCCUUCUUGGGCAUGUUGGGGAAAACUUGGGGAACUGAGAUGAAAACUCCUAAGGGCUAACAAAGAGUUGGUCAAUGUGACCCAGGAAAGUCCAGCUUCACUGUGUUAUCUUCUGGAUGCUUAGAACACAUCACUGGAGGCUCAAGUCCUUGGGUAAUGUGAAAGAGCCAUGACUCCUCCUGGAAAACCUGUGAGGAACUGACUCCUUUUCAGUAGGGAAGGUGGUAAUGGCUUUGCUUCUGUACUGUCCAGAAGUGAUUGGUCCACAGGGAGCAGGUGGUGGUUCCUUUAGCAAGAAGAAACAUACUGUGAUUUUAGCAGUAUAUAUUUUGGAAUAAUUUUCCAGGUGGACAUUUUAAAAUCUGGGAUUCUGCCUAGAAAACAGUGCUCUUCAGAAGCAGCAUAGCUAGUGACUGCUUCUGAGCCCUGAGGUGGUAGCAGAUCCAUGUUUAGAACCACUCAAACUAUUGUUUUUCUUAUGCUGGUUACAUCAGCAGUUUUCCAAUUGGCAGAUGUCAGAGCUGUGAUGACAUUGCCAGGAGGACCUGGCUGCUUGCAUGGCUGAGAUCAGGCAACACAGAAUGUGGUGGCUUUUCAAAACUGUGAAGCCCUCUUCUUACACUGUAAAAGACUUGGGCCCUCAUAGUUGGAGCGGGGGAAAGCGUAACUUAAAGCAUGUGAUUCAGAUUCAAAUGAACUGAAAGGCUGAAUUCCCCACCUAGAAGAUGCCCAGGAAUAGCAUGUAAUGGUUUUCACACAAAAUGUUUCUUCCACCUCCAGUUUGGUGAAACUCAAUUCCCCCAAAUCAUCUUCCUGAUGACCUCCCAUUGCAAGAGUUUCACUGUCUGGAGUCUAUUCUAGAUAAGGAAGAGAAAGUGCUUUAAAAGAGGAUUUGUUGUCAUCUUGAUGUCUGCUGGCAGUCUUCCCCACUGCAAGGAACUUUGUCCUACUGCAAGCUUGCCACUUGAAGGAGUAGGCUGCAGCUCCUCUCCACCAAGAGUGGUCCUUGUCAGCAUCCUAGCCACCUUCUUGAUGUGGCAGUCUGGGGUACUUCUGUGCUGCUCUUUGUCUGUGUGGACUGCAAGGAGCAACUCCUGAAUGCACAGGAACAAAAGAAGACAAACUACAAAGAAAGUGGAAACAAAACAAGGAGUUCUAGUCUAGACAGAAGCUUACUAUGAUUACAGAUCUCACAAAAUUCACACUUACCACAAUACUUGCUCUUCCACAUGGCAAGAAGGAAUGGGUAAGAGGCUAAUGCUGGUACACAUAGUAGCACCCAUUGACAAACCAGCAGCAUUGUCCUUCUAAGGCCAUUUAGGUUUUUUAUCUUGAAAAUCGUUCAACUGUGUGGAAUUAGUUUAGGUCCUGUGAACCAUAUUGGGCCUGAAAGGUUCUGAUAAGAUCCUAGCGCUUGCUUUGUCAUCUGUGGUCUAAAAACCUUAGAAACCAGAGGAGGCCUAUGUGGGGUUGCUGGGGCCAGAGCUUUCCUGCCAUUACUUUUGUAUCCCUCUACCUCUUGUUGAAUUUCCUUUUCUUCAUCUUUAAGUUGUGCACAUUUUAAAUCCCUCAAUUGCCUUCCACUUUCUAGUCCUUGCCAAAGAAAUCUAAAUUCUAUGAAAACCAAACAGUUAUGAUCUGAGUAAGCAAUAUUUAUGCACACGUGUCAAACUUGCAAGCCACAAUAGCACAUAACUUGGGUUUUCUGGUCACCAAGUUGACAAGGAGGGGGUGGGGAUGGGGACUAAAAUGAAAUUGUAGAUCUCCUGAUCAUAGUUUGCCUUUGAGAGUUGCAUGAAGGGCAGUUAUGUGGCCUGGACUGCUGAGGUUACUGAUAGCAAAGACUUAAAUUCUAGCUGACUGCUAUUUGACCUCCAUGACCUGCCUUUCCAAUUUGCAUUGGUGUAUUCUCUGUACUAUGUUUACUUUCAGCCCCAUGGAAAGCAGGGUGAUAAAAUCUGUGAUAGUUCCAUACUUGGAUAUUUUAACUGCAACUUGUGUGUUGAUACGCUUUGGCAGGGUUGCCUUACAGGGGUAGAAGCAUCUUAUCAGCAAAAUGAAUAGUUAAGGAAUCCUUGUUAACUUGCUUGAAUCUACUGCUAUCAUGGUCACAUCCUCCUAAACAGUUGACAGUAUUUGGUCCCUUGAGUUGGCUGGGCUUCAGUUGCUGCUUCAUCUUAAUGGGUUGUCUACCCUUCCACCUACAUUUCAGAUAGCAUGAGGGGUCUCUGCUGAAAGUCUCCCACCUAGAUGGCGGCUCUUGCCCUUCUCAAGGCCUCAGAGGCUGUCUACAGCCAGUCUUCUUGGAGUAAGUUGCAGGUGCUUAACGUUGCAUAUAGAGGGUGUGUAUUGGGCACUGGCUCUGGAAUAUGUGAAGGACUGAAAUUCAAAUGGUGAAUUUUCUGAUGCCCAGGGAGGACCUUUCAUACUUCCCAUCUUCCCUCCCCCAUUUCCAGUUUGUCUGCUUCUAAUGUUCAUGAGUUCUUCCUGUGUUCUUCCCAUCCCAGGUUCCCAGAUGCCCCCCUCGAGCCUUUCCCCUUGAUUUCUCUUUCUGGUAUAUAGCGUUCAGAAUGUGAUGGUUCUUGUUUUCAAGGUGAUUGUUUGGUUUUCCUGCUGUGAAGGGUGUUGUAUUUUUUUUUUAAUUUCUCCUCUUUAUUAUGGGACAUUUUGUUUGAUGUAACAGGUGGGGAGCUUUGCUUUCUACCUAGCUGCAGAGCAAACCCGUGAAGUGUAAUUCCACCCAUGUGUGGCUGGCUUGUGGUGGUGGGGGGUGGGGGGCUCAUUUAUGUCGUGGUGAAUUGUGUAAAAGUGAUCUCUUGGAUUAUGAAACAAUUAUUUCUCUCCAGAAAAGCAAGAGGUAGACUGCAGGCUAAGAGCUACAGCACUUGACAUUUGGGCAUGGGUGGAGACUGCUCAGAGUUGCAUAUGGGGUAUGUGUUCUUGGGUUGGUGUGGUGUGUGUGUGUGUGUGUGUGUGUGCGUGCGCGCACACACACACAUCCGUUUAUUCAUGUGCCUACAAUGCACUGCAUCUCUCUGGUAUUCCUUGUGUCAACUUUCAUUUUGCGUCCUUUGUACACUUGGUAUACUCCAGAGAAGUUGCAAGACGAUAUCUCUUUACACCACCUAUAAAUGGAAUUGGCACCCAUAUGUAUUUAUGAAGGUUUACCCUGUGUUGUAAUUGUAGAUAUGCACUAGUGAUACUUUGCAUUUCCUGCCAAUGAAGAUGGAAACAUUUACUAUAGACCCAACUCGUCUCACAUCUUUCUGAUGUCUCAAACCAUAUUUGUUUGAGAAGAAGAAUGCACAGAAAUGUUGCUUUUCUGUUUGAUAACAUUGUUGCUUCUUCUGAUUAAAAAAUGUGUAUAACUAUGGCUGCUGAAACAGAGAGUUUUUUCUUACCAUGCAGAGACCAGGAAAAAAUUUCAUGGAAGCCUAUCUCUGAGCUUCAGACGAGUUCUUCCAAGUGGUGAGGAUGUAGCUUCUAGGAUAAACCUUAUCCCAUUAGCUGAUGUACAUGAGCUCUGGAUGCUUGUGGCUGUUACCUGUGUGAUUGAGAUACACUGUGUAGUUGCUGAGUGAGUAGUCUCCUCAUUCCCAAAGAAGGUAUAUUCCUGCCUGGCCUGGGCAAGAGGAAUUGAGAUCCCUAAAGUGAUUCCAACCCAAACUCUUUCUGUCCCUGCCCUUGCCCUCACCUGCAGUUUGCUCUGAGUUUAUUACACCCUUUGCCAAACUAGAAUAUUAUGGAGAAGCAAGAGAAAUGAUUUUCAGAGCACUUAAUGAGAUGGGCUGAGGACUGCUCCUCCCCACCCUUCAGAUGUUGAGGAUGGGAUCCAUACAAGAUACUGAUUGAAAUGAUAAAUUUACUGCUGCUUUAAAAUGUUUCUUAAAGGGGGAGGGAGGAGUGUUUUGAUAAAGAGACUCAAUCUCCAAAGCUAAUAAAUCUGGAGAUUAAUUCUAUGUGCCAGGGGUGUAAUAGCAUAUUGUCAAGUCCUGGGACUCUCCUGUACAAAGUAGAGUCCAACUAAUUAAUCAGUAUUUAUUGCUAAAUUAUUGUCCUUUUUCAAUCUGUAGAUAUCUGAUAACUGUUGGGGAUUUGUUGCCACAGCCCCAGUGGAGGUGUUGUUAAUUUAUUUAUGUAUAUAGUGUAUGUUUGUUGAUAUGAAGCAUUCUUUAUUUUGUAUAUGACCAAUAAACAUCUUUAAAGAG